ACAACUCGCAGUGGAAACAUCUCGGCCCCGACGCUCCAGCAAACAUCCAGCAGGCAUUUUAAAUCCUCUCAGGGAAGCCAUGCAUCCGGCAUGAUGUCAGCCGAAGUCGCUAUCCAGAAGUUCUCCUUCCCGUUCGCCUGUUCUGCGCGCCUUUCCCAGCAAGAUGAGGUGACCCAAAUGGGAUGCGUGCAGGUGAAGGCCUUGGAGAAUCAGAUUUUAGGCGAGUCAAACCCAGUCAUAGGCGCUUUGGUGCACAAUGAAAAACCGGAGAGCCCGGAGCCUCCAGCCGCCCAGGUCCUGGUCGGAGCUGAAGCCUCCCAGAAUGCCGUGCUCUCCAGACGGACGGCGCUCGAGAAGCUGACGGUGGAGAGCGAAGACCAGCGUCCGGCGGCGAAGAGGCAGCUGUCGUCCGAGAGCGCAGCCAGGACCAUCACGGUGGUGAAGAAGAGCGCCGUGAGGAAGGAGGCCGACGAGCAAAGACAGCCGCAGCAGAAAGCGCCGCUGGGUCGGAGGCUGGUGACGCUGUGCGACGCCGCGGUAGGGAAGAAGAAGAAGCGGCGAAAAGACCUCUUCGCCAACCCGGAGGUCUUCCACAGGGUGGACUCGCAUGUGAUCAGCGUUGGAGCGGAGCUGAAGGAAAAGCGAGUUUAUGAUGUGAAGGCGAUAGUGCAGAGCAUCACGCUGGGAGCCAGAAAUGAGCUGGAGAAACUUCGUGCCAUCUGGGUCUGGCUGUGCAACAACAUUGAGUACGAUGUGAGCGGGUAUCUCGGCCACUCAGAGAAGCUGACCGCACCUGAGGAUGUGAUAGCAGCCGGUCGAGGGGUUUGCUGCAGCUACUCCAAUCUUUGUACAGAAAUGUGCAGGGAGGUGGGCAUCGAGUGUCAAGAAGUGCCGGGCCACAGUAAGGGCGUCGGGUACCGUCAGGGUCAGAGCCUGAAGCAUGUGAAAUCCGAUCACCUGUGGAACGCUGUGCUUCUGGGAGGACAGUGGUUCCUGCUUGACGCCUGCUGGGGAGCAGGACGAGUGGAUAUGGAGCAUGAAAGCUUCGUCAAAAGGUUUGAUGAUUUCUAUUUCCUGACGGACCCGGAGGAGUUCAUCGACUCGCACUUCCCCGAUGAGGAAAAGUGGCAGCUCCUGGACGCGCCCAUCGCCCUGGAGGAGUUCGAGAGGAGGGUCUUCAAGACGUCGGCCUUCUUCACCAUGGGGCUCCGGCUCAUUCAACCUCAUCACUUCCUCAUCGUCACAGAUGAUGGCGAGGCGAACGUGUCCCUCGGUUUCUCCAGACCUGCAACCUUCACCUACGAGAUCACGCAGCACCAGGACCUCCUUCACUGUGGAUCUUCGGAGCACAAAGACUCCAUCAACUCCUCGUCCGGCCUCCUAACCGUCUCCAAUCGGAGCAUGAAGCUGCAGCUGCUGCCGCCUGCGAGUGGCACUUACGACGUGAAGGUGUUUGCCAGACCGGAAGCGGCUACCACGCCUCUGAUUUGGGUGUGCUCCUUCAUGGUCGAGUGUCCGACCCCGAGGGCCAUGGAGGAGAUCCCAGAGAACCCCUUCUUGUCUUGGGGCUUGCAGCCGGUUGCAGGAUCUCUGGGCGUCGCGGACAGCAGUCAGGGCAGCGAGGCUGCCGAGGUGAAAGACGGUGUGUUUGAUUUGGUGCUGAAGACCUCCAGGCCUCUGAUGGUGCUGUGUGAACUGGUUCACCCGGACAUGGAGGCGGCUGUGGCCAAGCGCUGCCUGGCAACUCAGAUCCAACCGGGCGCCCUGACCUGCCACGUCCUCUGCCCCCUGCACGGCUUCUACCGGCUCUCGGUGUUUGUGCGAGACUAUGAGAAAACGGAAUUGAAGUUCCAGAACGCUGCAAACUUCCUGCUGCACUGCAAAGGGAAGGUGAUGGGUCCGGACGAGCUGUUUCCCCCCAACCUGGGCUCGGCUUGCGGACCAGGAACCCGGACGUCGGAGGCCGGGUUGUCCAAAUUCAGUCACACGGCUGCAGUGGUGAGUACCCAGCAAGGCAAGUGUAACAUCACCUUUUAUAACCAGCGGGACCUUGAGCUUCACAGCGUGCUCGCCCGAGAAGAGAGCAAAACGGCGGCUUUUCCUCUUUCGCGUUACUUGUUCUGCACGUACACAGACAGCAAGGUGACGGUGAGCGUCAGCCUGCCCGACGUCGGGGUUUACCGGCUGGGCCUCUACGCGAGGAUCACCCCCGCUGGAGAUUUCAGCCCCAUGUGUGACUUUGUUCUGAGGAACAGCUGCGAUCAGCCGGGGCCACCGUUCCCCUGCGUGUACUCGGCCUGGAGGAAAGGCUGCGUGCUCUUUGAGCCUCGCGUGGGCCUGCUGGAGCCCCUCUCCUGGGUCCGCUUCCGGGUGAGGGUCCCCGGGGCCCAGCGGGUGAGCGUGGUGGGCGAGACGCGAACUGAUCUGAAACUGAACAAGAGCAGGGUGUGGGAGGCGGAGGUUUCCAGCGGGAACGGGCUCCAGCAGCUGAAACUGGCCGCCUCCUUCGGGGAGUCCAGCGACAUGGACGUUCUGAUGACCUUUGACAUCAAGCAGCCGGACAGAGAAGUGUGAAAUCAACAAGCUGCCAAAUGAAGAUAUACUGAUAGGGUUGAAAAUAUUAGCAAAUAAUCCAAACUGUGAGCCACGAUCCUUCAGGUUUUAGCUGCACUGACGUAACACAGAUGAAGCUAUUUUAAUGCCAGUCACAUAAAAGUGAAUGGAAAUUGAUUUUUAAAACAUAUUGCUGUGACUGUGUAAAGCAAUAUAAAUACAAUAGCAGACUCACAGGGGAAGCUGUUAUUUGAUCCAGGUAGUUUUUAGCACAAAAAAACAAAAAACUGUUCUCGCUUAACAAUGGUGCUCAGCUGUGGUGCUCGGCCUUAAUGUGAUACUGAUUAAGAGUGGAUUAUUAUUAUUAUUAUUAUUACUAUUGUGAGAAACAAACCUGCAUUAUGAAUGAUUAUUGUCAAAGGGUGUGCAAUAAAAACAUACUGUGAAGACAAUACCUAAA